AUGGUAGAUAAAUUACCUGUUGAGGUUGAUGUUGUUGAGGGAGAAAAGAGAGAUGAUAAGUUUGUUGCUUCAUUGCCAAAGAUUCCAAAUAUCCAAGGCUUUAAUCAAGGAGCCGUCUUAAUUACUUGUUAUAUAACACAGCAGCAAACUGGAUCAAGAAGUCAAGUAGGUUCUGGCAAUUGUAUUGUUUUUACAAUGCACCUUCACAAGCCUGAUAAUACCAAACCUACUGAAGUAUGCAUUUCUG